UCUGCUGACUGCGACGUCGACAGCAACACUACGACGCCUAUCUGACAACCGCGCUAAAUCAGCUGUGCACUGGAAUAUUUAUUUACUUUUAUUCCGUGAUAAAAGUGUAUUUUACGUAAAAGUUUCAUUUCAAAGUUUAAUUUAAAACUGCCAACAACUGUGUAUAGAAUGGAACUCGAUCCAGAUAUUGUGAAAGAAUUUGAAAAUCUCGAAGUGUCCACUGAAAAACCAAGUGAAGAGCAAUUAAACGAAUUCGACGCAGAUGCGCCAUUGCAGGCAACAGCCAAAACGCUACAUCCCACCUAUGCGACAAUACCGAAAUUUUUUCAUGCGCCACCGCCUGCAAACAAUGCACUGCGACAAAAUCUGCGCAAAGAAGCGCAUUCGCUCUUUCUACAGAAGCGUUCACAAGAAUUGCUGGAUAAUGAUGAGCUCGGCGCUUUGUGGACUUUGUUGGAGAAACAUUGUACGCAGGUAACGCCUGUGGGACAACAACUCAUCAGUUAUGAUGACUACCAAAAGUUGCUGGAGGCGGUGAGCACAAAAUGUCGCAAAUAUUUGACGGCACGUCUGUAUGCCAAAUUGCAGUGCCAUUCCAUGUAUCCAGGUAAAGUGGAAAUCGUUUCCAUCUUCAACUAUACCAUGCGUAAAGUGUGGCUAACACAGGGACGCAUAGGCCUAUCGCUCUACGAUGAGAUCGGUCAAGGCUAUCUGCGUGAAAUUGAUAUGGAGAACUAUAUUAUUGACAUCAUACCAACAUUAACACAGAUCAGCAGUUGCGUGCAACCGUCCUUUCAAAGUUUCUACGUCUGCACGGUAGUGAAAAAGUUUUUCUUCUUUCUCGAUCCCUUACAUACGGGCCGCAUACGCAUACGUGAUAUACUCGCGUCGGGUUUGCUCACCGAAUUGCUCGAACUGCGCGAUGAGGAAACGCCAAAAGAGUCGCAAGAGCAAAACUGGUUUUCUAUGCCGUCGGUACUGACGGUCUAUGGCAACUACUUAAAUUUAGAUAAAGACCACAAUGGCAUGCUGAGCAAACAGGAGCUGGCCGGUUACGGCUCCGGCACAUUGACUUCAGUCUUUUUGGAUCGCGUUUUCGAUGAAUGCCGCACUUUUGAUGGCGAAAUGGAUUAUAAAACUUUUCUCGAUUUUGUUUUGGCCCUGGAUAACAGGCAUGAGCCACAAUCGUUGCAUUAUCUCUUUCGCAUACUGGAUGUGCAGCAUAAGGGCUAUUUGACAGCGCAGACGCUGCACUAUUUCUUCAAAGGCAUACAAGAACAAAUUAAUGCGGUCAAUGCGGAGGCGGUGAAUUUCGAAGAUUUGAAAGACGAAAUAUUCGAUAUGGUCAAGUCUAAGGACCCAUACAAAAUUACGCUGCAGGAUUUAAUCAAUUGUGGUCAAGCAGAAACGGUUGUCUCCAUUCUCAUCGAAUUCCACAAAUUCUGGGCAUACGAAAAUCGUGAGGAUGGCUCACAUAAUGUUUAAUCGAAACUUAAUUAUAAGCCAAGAAAAUUAUGCAGUUCGAGCAUAGUUUAGGGCGUUGCAGACAGCAGUCAGUUGACCAGCAAAGCAAUCAAUAGCAGCAGCCAAUUGUGCCGCGCUGCAACAAUAAGACUUUGAAUAUGUAAUGUGCUGCCAUUAUUAGGAUAUUCACUAUGCAAGUUAGAAGUAAUGAAAAGGUGUAGGUGCGACGUUUAACUCUUUAAGUGCAUUUAGCUUAUGUUUACAAAAACAACAACAAUCAAUGAACAUUCCAACAGAACGAUACGCAGUAAUUAUUUAAAUGUAAGUAUAUGUGUUUGUAUGUAGUUUUGUUAUUAUUGCAGUGGCGACGACGACGACGAAGGCCGGCUUAUGAGCAUGAAGUCUAUACGGCAU